CGUUUAUGCGGGAAUAGAUCCCAAACGCAGCGUUUUGAUCGUGAAAACCAGCUCCUUUAUGAAAUUUCCAGCUACAGCCCGUCCUCUGCAAAUCGAGAGAGAGAGAGAAUGGUUCACCCCAGCAGCGACAGCGACGAAGACUCCACCUUCUACUACCGCUACUCCUCAGUUCCGCCACCACCUUCCUCCUCCAACGCCACCGCCUCUUCAUCAUCCAACAAUCCAUCCCGGAAGUCAAGCGGCGGCAGCGGAGGCCUCGCCCCCUCCAAAUCAACGGUGUACGUCUCCAACAUCGACUACUCCCUCACCAACUCCGACCUCCACACCAUCUUCUCCACCUUCGGUAAGGUAGCUCGCGUCACCAUCCUCAAGGACCGCUCCACCCGCCUCAGCCGCGGCGUCGCUUUCGUCCUCUUCGUAUCCCGCUCCGAUGCCCUCAACGCCGUCCACUCUAUGAAUGGCAAGGUUCUCAACAAGCGCACCCUUAAAGUCUCCAUCGCCAGCGAUAAUGGCCGAGCGGCAGAGUUCAUAAGGAAAAGGGUUUACAAGGACAAGAGCAGGUGUUACGAGUGCGGCGAAUCGGGGCAUUUGUCGUACGAGUGUCCGAAGAACCAAUUGGGGCCGAGGGAGCGGCCGGCGCCUAAGCGAGGACGGAGGGGCGGCGGUGGCGGCGGCGGCGGCAGGAGAGACGAGGAGGAGGCGGAAGAGGAGGAUGAGGAAGAAGGAGAGGGGUUUGAGGAGGAUAAUUGGGCAUCGGUGGUGGAUAGAGGCGCAGAUGAGAGGUUGUUGAGGAGCGAGGAGGGGACUGGGGAGAGGAAAAAGGGGAAGAAGGAGAGGAAAGCAAGUUAUUUUAGCGACGAGAGCGAAGAAGACGAGUGAUCUUGAAAAGAGGUGGCUUUGGAAAAGAAUUACUUGAAAUGGAUCAUUGGAGAAGGAAAGAGAAAAAACAUGAAGAGGGGCAGCACAGUACGACUCAUCGACGAGGGAACAACAGAGGUUCGUUGACGAAUAAUUACCAAGAGCAGGAAAUUUUAGACUUUUGGCAUCGUUUCUUGGUCUCGUCGACAAAAGGCGCCUGGGCUGAGGCAAUUUUUCUGAAUUUUGAAUUUUUGAAUGUUGAGUGGUUGGGCAAAUGGAGGGAAACCUCUGGGGAAACUUUAUAUAUGUCAUCUGGGCAUAUUUUGAGAGAGAGAGAGAGAGAGUGAUCAUUAGAGAAGUGUAUUGUGUACAAUUUGAUUUUCUUAGUGAAAUUUGUGUGUCAUUGCUUCCGUGGAUGUAGGCUUUGCCGAACCACGUAAA